CAGAUAUUUGCCGACAUAAUCGUACGUUCCGGCUUCUCAAGGAGCCAAUUAAAUAGUAUUAAUUCUUAUGUAGUACUUCUGCGGAAAAAGCUCAGCAUCUUCUAAGCAACUUGGAAAUGGCGUUGUAUAUGUUGUGCGUGUUCUUCGCAUUAAUAGCCGCUUUUUUUGCCGAUGAAAGCAAAGAAGUUUGUACUGCCGAAGAUUUAGCAACUACGGAAGGUAUAAUUACUGAAGAUACUACGGAAGCUGCAGUUACUACAGAUGCUAUAGUUUCUACAAAUACCACCGGAGACACAGUCUCUAGAGAAGGUAUAUUUCAAGAUACAGAAAAACUGGUUCUAGCACUUAACCAUUUCGCUUUCGAUGUGUUUAAGCAACUCGCCGGUAAAGAAGGUGAAAAUGUUUUCCUUUCACCCUUGUCUCUCUCGAGCCUUUUCGGGAUGCUUCACUACGGGUCUAGAGGGCAAACAGAACAGGAAUUGUGGAGCAUGUUGGGCUACGAUAAGGAAAAUCUAACUGGCAUCGAAAUACAUUCAACUUUCAAAGAUCUUCUAGAAGAAAUCCAACCAAACCCACCUGAUUAUAAAUUAGAUAUUGCCAACGCCCUUUUAAUCGAUAAGAAAUUAGGUCUUCUUACAGAGUAUCAAACCAAAGCCCAAGAGUUGUACGGUGGAUCCGUGCAAGAGGUUGAUUUCUCGGAAGAAGGAUCUGAGAUUGCGGAAGAAAUAAAUCACUGGGCAAAGAACAAAACCAGUGGUAAGAUCCUUCGCAUUGUAAGAGAUUUCCAGCCAGAUACUCAGAUUGCUCUUGUGAGUGCUGCUCAUUUCGAGGGAAAAUGGCUUAAUAAAUUUAAACUCAAUUCUACCGAUAAGCAGAUUUUCUACGAUAAGGGCUAUUUUCGAAAGGCGAAGGAGGUACCAAUGAUGCAUAUGACUGGUAAUUUCAUGUACUGGUCGGGGAAGUCGUACAGUGCUUUAGAGGUCCCUUUUGAAGGUGACAAUGUCACCAUGAUAAUCUUGAUGCCGAAAGCUAUAGAUGGUCUCGCUAAGUUGGAAAGAAAGAUGACGCCAGAAAAGUUAUCGAGACUCAUAGAUAUCAUGUAUGGCGCUGAUCUCAAUAUUCAAAUACCAAAGUUUAAACUACUUUAUUCCAAGGACUUAAUCUCACUCCUAGGAGUCGAAAACAUCUUUCAGCCAGAUGCAGAUUUCUCUGGAAUGAUUAACAAUGGCUCAGCCACCAUUAAUCGAGUUUUGCAUAAGACAUUCCUUGAAAUAUCGGAAAAAGGAGCUGAAGCAGAUGCAGCAACACAAGUUCCUAUUUUCAAAAUAUCGUUUAUCGAGGAACCCUCGUUUCCUCUCUUUAAAGUAGAUCGGCCCUUCAUGUUUGUAAUUCAAGAUUACAAUAACGAUAUGAUAAUGUAUAUGGGAAGAAUCGAUACUUUAUAGAUGUCAUCUAAGAGGCAGUGAGGUAAUGCGCAUUGUUUUCAAAAACUUCUUUAAGCAUUUUUUUUUUAAAUUGUGCGAAUAUUUUAGCUUUUGUUCCCAAAAUUGUAAUAAAGAAAUAUUUUUUAAAUUGUA